GCAGAGGCUGCUGGGAUUCGUCCGCUCAAGUUCCCGGAUGUGAAUGACGUCAUUUCUUUCAGCGAGAGAUUCCGUGUUUCUGAGACCAUUUUGCUGAUUUUUCGCUGAAUUUCGUCCUCAAACCAGCCACAAAAUGUCUGAGACUGAUGCUCAGAACGGUGAAGUGUCUGAGAAUGAAGCUAAUGGUGGUGACGGGUCUGCACCUGAAGGAGGAGAAGGGUCGACAGGAUCUGGGAUCUCCGGGCUCCCUCCCCCGUCUGCAGCCGCCCACAACAAGAGGCUACAGCAGACACAGGCACAGGUGGACGAGGUGGUGGAUAUAAUGCGCGUGAACGUGGACAAGGUGUUGGAGCGAGAUCAGAAGUUGUCGGAACUGGACGACCGUGCCGACGCGCUGCAACAGGGGGCCUCCCAGUUUGAGACGAGCGCCAAGAAACUCAAGAGCAAGUACUGGUGGAAAAAUCUCAAGAUGAUGAUCAUUUUGGGGGCUGUGGUUCUGAUAAUAAUCGUAAUUAUUGUCCUUUACUUUUACAAGUAGGCAUGAGGCAUAUAAGUCCGUUCUGCAGGCCCCCUUUUUGCACAAUAUGUGUCUAUGGGUUGUUCUGUCAUACUUUAUAUCAAUCUUUACCUUUGUGUACAAGGUUUUUAUCUUUGCAAAGUUUACAUUCCAACUAAUGAGGCAUGAUUUGACCCCCUCCCCCUCUACCUUCUCCUAUCCUUUGCUGUGGCUGUUGUUUCAUCGUAUGAUAGUGUGGGCAACUCAGUGAUGGGUAGGCAUUCCACUCAGUCUUCACUGUCUUGUACCACACAUCGAGAUUUACGUCUUUAUGUUCGUUCACCGUUAUGGUUACAUUUUCAUUUCAAUUGCACAUGCUUUUAUUUUUAACCCCCGCACCUCUACCCCCUCCCUCCCCCCUCCCCGAUCCUUCAUGUUUGCAGUGUGGGCGGUGACAUCGAACCAGUAAGGGGGCGACAGCGCGACGGAGGAGCGAAACAGCAUUGUAGGAUAGUACAAAAUUAUAAAGCAUUCCUGUACAGGGCUGGAAAUUAACCUCACCCCCCACUCCCCAAUGUGGAUACAUUUGUGAAAUAGCCCUUUCUUUGGUGUAUUUGAAGUUAUGGUACAGUACAUAUCAUUGUCUAGUGGAAGUGACAAAAAUGUAAUCCAUGUACCCCAGACGAAUUUCACUCUUUGAUGUUCAAAUCAACUCUGUGCACUUACUAAAAGGAGGAAAACCUAAGGGCAUUUCAAGCAUUGUUCACAAACUUAGUACAAUCUAGUGUUGUACUGAAAAACGUUUUGCAUAGCCCCCUUUUCUCUGCGACAGAGAUUAUUCAUACUGUGAGCAGUGUACGUCCAUACAAGUCCUUAAUUUCCAUCCCUGUUGAAAGCUAUGAGAAUAUUUAAAUGUUGUAUAGGUUAUUUUUCAUGUUCUAGCACCUAGGUUUGAAUGUGCAUGACAACAUUCACAACAGACAGAUAUGUUUCACUUCAGAAAAACUGUCCCAGGUGCAUGAGAUAUAGUUGGUAUGUCAGUCCAGUGUGUGUGUCAAGACAGUGUGUGUGUGCGUGAAGUAGAGUUUGAGGGGGGAGAUAUAGCUAUAUGUUCUGUAUAGAGUUACAGACGAUUUUGCCAUUGGAGGAUAAAUAUAAAAAAUAAGCAGAAAUACUGUAUCACUGUGUAAAAUAGGAAUGUAUUAGACAGGUAGAAUGGAAAGUAGACGACUUAUGUCAGUGUAAUGAUAUUUGGCCUCCCAUGACAGGAAUUAUUCUUGGGAAAUAACUUUCUUCCAAAUCAUAAGAAAGGAGUACACCAUCUUGAACAAGCUUUUAAAAGGAUAAUCAUAUAGUCUGGUGUCCUAUCUCUUUUUGUUUGUAAAACGUAUCAGGCACUUGUUCCUUGUUAUAAAACCUUUCUUCUUUAAUCCUAUAAGAUGGUGUUAAUUUAGCUAGAGGAACAAUAUUUUAAGGAUGAGUUUUGACAAUUUUGUAGCAUAACGUACUAUUACAUCUCUUUUAGAAGCUUGUUCAAACAAUGGCCUUUCUUGUACCAUGUUUUGUAUAGUUGUGUAGAUCCGUGUAUGUAGCUGGGGUGAAUAAAAAAACAUAAGAUGUAUGAGUGAACUUCGUGUCUUGAAAGUGUACAAAAUGAGGCAAGAAAAGUCACACCAAAUGUGACUAGAUAGUUUCCUCUAUUUCUAUUUAAGCUUAUGUUUCUGUUGUUAACUAUGCAGAGGGGUGUCUUGAUGUAAUGCAUAUAAUUAUUCAGUAUAAACCAAGAAAACGAAAAAAAUACAGGUACUUUUAAUGUUAGACAAUCUGCAGUACAAGAUGUUGGCUUGGUUUUUAGUUUUCUUGGACUUAUGCAGCUGCAUGGUGACAUGGACAUUUUUACAAGUAGGUCCUAGUUAUUAACAAUAGCUACAGGCAAGUUGCUAUCCCUUUUUGGCUAUUUUUCUCUCAACAACUCUAAAAGAUGUUUCUUCUUUGCUUUUUCAAGGUGGGGCUAUUUGCUCAUUUUGUGGCAACAUUAUGCAUUUGUUUUGAUGUUUGCUCAAACCCUUUCUGUACCAUGCGUAGUGAAACAACAGACCAGAAUAUGUCUUACUGAAUCAGAUGGGAAAAAUCCAAACAAUCAUCUUAAGUAAUGCCCUGGUAUAAUGAAAGCGGCAACACUACAGAAAAAUGAAUCAAAAAGCUGCUUUUUGAGCACGCAAAAGGCCAUGUGUCUGUUAUACAGGUACUACCGCUGAAACUACUGAAAUGGCAAUUUGCAGUGAAACAAAAAGAGUGGUCAGCCUUGCCUGUGUUGUUUUGAAUAGUAGUUUCAUAAAGGCCGAAAAGGAACAUAACCUUGUGUACUAUUUCUUUUCUAUUUGGCGUAAUAGUAGGACGGUUCCAGAAUGUGACCUAAGCGCUCUUUUUAUUUGAAUAAUAACACGCAACAAGGGGUAAAACGUCUCAUUAAAGAUAGUUUUCGUCUGGGAUUUUCAGUGAACAAUAUCUGAAUUCUAAGUUUUAUGUUACUGGUUGCAUCUAUACCUGCUCUUGCCUGUAGUUAUUGUUGCUGCAUUGUGCUGUGUAUAUUUAGCUGUUCCUUGCUGAUUCUAGGUGCUAGCAGCUGCUGUCUUUAUCCACACUAGCCAUUCAGUGCUGUUCUCACCAGUCCAGCCGCAGUGCAGUGUAAGUCGUACAGAAUGUAUCAGGCCGCUAGUGUUCACAACUUGUUGGCAACAUCUAUGGUUAGACAGACUCCCCUGAAAGAGAAAUUACACAGUCCCACAUGUUACACAUAA